AUGUUAUCUCGAGGCGCUCCCUUGAAACUUCCUGAGACUGCAAACGGAUGUUAUGGAUUCGUAGAAAAUAAAUGCAAGCUACCAAUUCAAAAUAUGAGUUCUUGCCGUACGCUUGAAAACAGGUAUGGUUACAACACGGAGACUAAAAGGUGUGAAAGGUUUCUUGGAUGUGAAGAUAGUGGAAACAAUUUUCCGAAUGCGAAGGAAUGUUGGAACACUUGUACAAAUGACGUGAAACACCGGUGUGUGCAGAAGCCAGAUUAUAAAUUCCUUGGUUUGGUAAAAAGAUACUACUACGACAUAGACUCUGACAAUUGUGUACCCAAACGCAUAUUUCGUGGCCGUGUUACCGGAGAUUCAAACCUUUUCAAAACAAAAGAAGAAUGUGAAUCAAUGUGUACGGCUACAUACAAUUAUGAGCCCGACUCGUUGUAAUAACACCUGGAAGACAAUAUUACUUUGAAGGAGCGACUUCUCUUCGGAAGUCGUGAGCACUCCAG